GACCGGUGGUGGUGGUGCUCGGGCCGGCCGCGGUGAGGGACGGACGUACUACGUCGUGUGGGGCUGGGUACAACGAUGCCGUCGGCGUGCCUUUCCUCCUCGUCGCGGUGACCGCGUUCCGUGUACGGCGCUGCCUGCCUGCCUGCCUUCGAGCCGGUCGCUCGCUCGCCACGUCGAGUGCUGGUGGACCGUCGUGCGCGACGGAGUAGCAGCAGGCAGCAACGAAGUCUGAUCUUCGAGUGGCCGCCGUCAUCUGGCUGGCCCGGGAAGAGCGCGCGCGCGUCUGCCAGCGAGCGAGCGGCGCGGCGCUCCGCAUGCAUGGACCGUGCCGGGGCCGUGACGUACGAGGAGGACCCGUACCUGCCCGACUGCAAGGGCGGCGAGGAAGAGUCACCCGCGUACGACUCGGGUCAGGACCUCGGCCAGGUGGGCGCGACCGACCCGACGCUCGACGACGAAGGGCGCAGUCUCCUCAGGCUGGCAGCCGGCGAGGAGCUUGAGGAGUUGCACCACGAGAGCUUCUUUGAUGCAAGUGCCGACGUGAAAACAACCGACGCGACUCCAGACAGUGGAGUGCAUGACCUGUCGGGAAUGGACCCUGAAGAAAAGGCUCGCCAAGAGGCUAUGCUGAGGGAUGAGCUGGCACAGGUGGAGGAAGAGAUCCAGUCCCUGAGGACUGUGCUGGCAACCAAGAUGGCCAGGUCUCAGGAGCUGAAGCGCCAGCUGGGCAUCAGUGUCUGGAAGGAGCUCAAGGACGAUAUGGAGCAAGGUAUCAAGAAUAUCCAGGACACUGCGGCGUUUAAAGAUGUCAGUGGGAAAUUGGUCGAAUGGAAUGCUGCAAUCGCAAGUGCUCCCAUAUACCAGAAGACUAGCGCUACUAUCAAGACAGCUGGGGAGAAGACUACCACAGCUCUUGGAAGCCUCGGUGCCAGUGUCUCCAAGAAGCUGGGGGAGAUGAAGAACUCCACCGCUUUCAAGUCAGUUGAGGAGAAAGUUGGUUCGGUCUACACCAAUGUGAAGUCGAAGGUGUCGUCACGAAGCAGCAGUGUCAACAGCUUUGAAGACGCGCUCAACAGCCAUCCAAGCAAUACUUCUGUGUCGGCGACACCUGCGACGAGCCCCAUUUCCGAGGAAAAGAAGCCGCUCUCCUAAGAGCGGUUGGGUAAUAAUCAUUCGGGGUGGACUUGGGCUUUCCCCAAUUUCCCCCCCCCCCCCCUUAAAAUCUCUCUUCCCAAUGUGGACCGCUCUGCUUGCAGUCCCUAUCCUUGGUCUACAAAGUUAAAAAUGUAUUAAAACAAAAAUGACUUAGAGAAAGCAUCCAGACCCUAUUGAACGUUUACGGCAGCAGUUGCAAGUGGCAGAGGUGCAGUUCUUGGUGCACAAGUGGCCGUUGUUGUUGCAUGUCCUUAACAGCAAUGGCGAAUAGCAGCUAUGCAUUCGGAGAACAACACAUCUGCCUGUCUGCUUCUGGAGUGAAGUGUCUAAAGCAGUAAAACAGUGAGUUUGAAAUAUUCCCUGGCAUUCAUUUAGGCAUUGUCACCUCGUGAAAAAGAAAUGGCUGCAAUGUAAUAAACUCGCAACUUUGGCCCCACAUGCCUCAGAGUUUGGGGCCCAAUGUCCUUGCCUGUCCUGAAAUCUAUAUAUAUAUAUAUUUUUAUGUGCACAGAGUGAUUGGAGAGAGAAUGGAUGGCAGAUGAAAGAUUUGGAAAAAAAGAUCAGACAUUCAGACUGUGAACGUUUUCUGUCUCCUUGUUGCAUGUAUACGUUUUCUUUUUCCUUGUUGCGUAUAGCAAACCCUUGAUUGAUAACUUGCACACUUGCCGUGUUUGCAGUAUUUGCCAUGUGCGUAAUGCACCAGUCUCGGUGCCACGUGAACUGGUGCAUGACCAUUCCCGGUUAUACGAUAGCUACACGUAUCUGCAGUGAGCCGAUACAGAGGUGCUAACAAGAAGUUCCUGGAAUUGUAGCUUAAUACGUUACAGGCCAACUUGCAAUGGAAUUUUGAACUGCAUAAAAAGCCUAGUUUCAGAUAGUGUACCAAUAGAGCAGCCUCAAUGCAAAAUCUAUUAGAAAUAUGAAAGGAUGUAUUGUAAAGGAAUUUGCAAGAAUUCGCAAUGUUUUUGAAAGGGAGACAAAAAAAAAGCAUCAUUACUUCUCGGCAGAAGUGAUGCAUGAUGAGCACUGAGAACCAGAGCAGCUCCCUGCAGUGCGCUGAAAAAUUUUGGACUUGAUGUGCUGGGAUUUGCUUAUCUAGUAACCACCAGAUGCACAUGUCUGCUUAGGUGCUUUUUAAAGGCUGCUGAUACGAAAAUUGGACUUUUACCAGCCCUGCAGCUUUGCCAAGAUUGCUUCAAUAGUAUAUGCUGCUAAUUUCGAACAAAUUUAGUCAAUGUGAAAUUUCGUUUCCAUUGGCUUUAUUGGAACCUACACAAUGGCUGGGCAAUGAGGUUGCCACUUGUCAUUACGUUGGACAGUUUCGUAGAAAUUGAGUCUGUUUGGCACUGCAAUCCUUAGACUAUGAUGGAAUUUCAAGCAGAUGUUUUCUUUUUCCCCCCUUCACCUAAAUUGGUUGAAGGCCUGCUUGCAAACAUACUUGUGGCUGCUUUUAUGAUCGUGAUUAUUUUCGUACCUAUUUGCGUUUUGAUAUUUCAUGCAGCAAGCAUAUUUUUAAUGCUUCACAAUACAACUUCCUGCAGAAUUUUUAGAGCAAUGAGUAAAUGACUGCUUUGCAUAGAAAUUAUGCUAAAUUUAAGUAAUGUUUGAAUGUAGCACUGACGAUUAGUAAAAUGCCUAUGCUAAAUUUGUUCUGCGAGAAGCUUUGAAAAUAUGAGAAUAGUUAAGUUGUACUCGCCGUUGUGCAACAAAAUUGUGAUGACCAGUUAACUCCAGAAAUUUAACAAUGCAAUUCGGAGGUGGUGUGAGAUAAACAGGUGGAAGAGGUUGACAAAAAAAUAUGAGCUGUUAAGCUGUACUUGCUGUUUUCAGAUUUUCACAGCAGGCUUUCAUUUUCAAAGAUGACAUUCAUUACUAUUAAUUUACAGUGCAGGACAUUUAAUUACAAAAGAUUGCCAGGAACUUCUGGGUAGCAGCUCUCAAGAUAGCAGUGGUCUUGAUUAUCGACAGCUUUAUGUUGCAUUCUGGAGCAUAUUUCACUAUCGGAGUAAAUCUCCUUUCAAACACACAGGCAAGAAUGUGUGCACAAUAGGUGGAGGACUUUAUAUAUUAAACACCUCCUGCAUGGCAAUCAUUGUGACUGUGAAACUUAAGUUCAAAUCACAUGCCGCUCCUGAAUACUUUAUUGAAAAGUUUUCACCUUUUGUCCAACAGUUGACGUGCUUAAAAACAGUACACAUUACCUUUGCUGGUUCCUCUAUUUUUCUUUUUUGUUAUGGAAAGUUCAGGAUGCGUACUCCAGUGACUUCUUAUUAGUCAUAUUUUGGGAACUCUUCGCAGGUUCUGUGCUUUUAUUUGAGUUAUUUUCCUCCCUGUGGCUGACUUUUGAAAUAUUGUGUAUGUUAAGACCUAAGUGUUCUGUACUUAUAAUUUUGUAAAUCCGUCCUGUUAUAUAUACAAGCUGUAAAUGAAGCUAUGUUACCGUAAAAGGUUUCUUUGUCACUGCUUACUUUAUAAAAUAGGAUGGGAAAUAGGGGGGAGAGUAGGGGUGGGUGGAGUGCACUUAUGGACCAUGGAACAACUUGUUUUAGGCACGCUGUUCCAGUGUAUUAUAAAAACAAAAGUUAAGUGACAGCAUUAGUGACUUACUGGAUUUUUGUUUGGAAUGCUUCUGAAAAAAAAAAAUGACAAUAAAGCUUCUUUGGUGUAUCCCUA